AUGAAGAUCAGUCUUUGUUGGACAUAUUUGCUCUUCGCAGUGGGUGUAUCCGGGAGGUUUUCUAAUGCCCACCCAAGGUCGAUUCUACCACCAAAGGUUCUGCACCCCACAUAUCCUCCGGGGCAUAAUCCUUUCGAUUUACAGCAUCUCAUCCCGCGGCUCGACCACUCUUUAUAUUUUGCAGAGAAGGGUAAGAAAACGACGGACCCUACUGCGUUCGGUAGUCUGAAUGCCACUCUCAUCUAUCCAACUGUCAUCCUGGACCACUCAGCUCAUAUUCAAAGCGUGGACUGCUCUGCGGAUGGACUUACAAUCUGCUUCAAUGAGAAAGCUAGAGAGGUUGUACAUAAGAACUGGGAUCUUAAGCUAGAGAAUUCCCCUGUCAUUAUAUCCCCUCAUUUCCCGGGCUGUGGAAGGUACUAUCAAGGAGAAAGAACUUACUGGCAGAUCAUAUCAUCUCAGUUGGAGUACAAUAAGAAGGAAUGCAUCCACGCCAAAACAAAGGAGAUUACCUUUCCAAGUAUCAUACAAGGUGGUAAUCUCCGCUUUGGCCAUUUCGAGGCCCACAAGGGGAGCUCGAUAGACGAUCAAAGCCAACGGGGUGAUUUGAAAGACGUACAGGACAUAUCUAAUAAUGAGGAUGCUCUUCAUCGUUUUUUCGGCGAGAGGCCAUCAACAUCUUUUUUUGACACCGGAUUAGCCUCGCAGCAGAUAAUGGUCGGCGAAACAGGGCCUGUUUAUUAUUGGGGUAUUGAUCUCGGUGACCUUUUCCAUCGGACAACUACGGUCUUCGCCCAUGGUCUUUCAUGGAUUGGCGAUAAAUUGCCCGCGGUUCGCCGCAUAUUGCAAGAUUUCAAAGAGCUCGGAAAGUUUAUUAGAGAUCCGUUGGGUUAUGAAUGGUCACUAUCCCACUCGCACUCGUGGAGUUAUAACAUUGGGGCCACCAACACGCUUCUGCCAGGUCUCUCUCCUAUUUUUGGUACCGGUAGCGGCCUUCUAUUGGCUAGUGAUAGUGCGCUGUCGGGAAAAUUACAGUUUGACAACUGUUAUGCAAAGGGAAGCUUUGCAGUCACGGGGGAUAUAUCUUUCAGUUUACACGGGGGAGUCGAUAAAGCCGAGUUGGAUGUCGGGUUCGAUCUAGAUUCGCGUUUGGCAAUGUCUAUCACGUUGGAGGAAAAGGCUAACCUGAUCGAUUACAAAAAGGAGAUCGUAGCUUGGAACCUCUUGGAAUUAGAGAUCCCUCAAGUUAUCAGUAUUGGGCCACAGCUCUCUUUGAACGCUGUUGUAAACCUGUCUGCUUCAAAGAAGUCUACCAUUGAAGUCGGAGGGUCGCUCAAGAUAGACCAUACCCGUGCUAAGUUGGACCUCAAACAGUUGACAGGCUCUAUUGAUGGGUUUCGCCCAGGCUUCACCCCAAUCGCCAAUGCUCAAGGAGGUUCUUCAUCAGUGACACUGAGUUUUGGACUUCCCCUAGGACUUGAACUUGGGAUAGAUGCAUUUGGCGGGAAGUGGAAAGCUGAGGUUGGCUUAUAUGAUAAGAUUUCUGCGGAAGCUACUGCUCAGGCCUCUGCAGAAAAGGAUUGCCCUGGAGUCAGCAUUGAUCUCGGUGUCAAGAACAAGAUCUACCUCGGCAUACCAACGAACCCCAGCAUAUUUACAAUCGAUGAACGCACAUUGCUAUCGAAGAAUCCGAUCUGUAUCAGGACAUCAUCUAGUAACUUUAACACUCUAGGCCUUCAACAAUUCGAGACUCUAUUAUCCGAAAAGAAUACUGCUCAAGUAAUAUAUAUGAAAAAACCAUCAACGAUGGACCUGCAAGAUCCAUUCACCAGGAUUCGUGGAAUGCAAGGGAAGAUGCUCACCGAUAGAAACCAAACCGCCGCUCUUUAUGUGGGCAAGGGAGACCGCCUGUACCUUGUGCCUGCUUAUGAUCCCACGAUACUUGAGGGUGCCAGUUUCCAAUAUUUCCCAGAUAUAUCGGACUCUUUGUUUAUUAGGGAUGGCUAUGGUGGUUUCUUGAAUAUCGACCCUGAGGAAAUGCAUAGUUUUGGGAUGAGUAGCUUGCGCUCCUCGCGUCUGACCCAGAUGCCGGCCAAUGCAGUGUGGGUUGUAUUGCUCGAAGUUGCGGUAGAUGAGCCUGGUGAGGCUGGUACGCUUGUUGCACUAGAUAGAGACCAGCAUGUUCUUCUCAGCCUUGUGGCAUGCCAUGCACCCAAAAAAGGGGUGCGCGUGUACUUGGGUCUUUCCGAAAAUAUCGAGGACCUAAUAGGUCGGUUGAAUCGCGGUGAACUGGACAAGUUCAUUGAAGGUGAAGGGCAGCACUGUCAGCCUGUUCAUCUCACAUCCCACACUACUGGAUUCAGGCUUGAUCAAUAA